CACACUCGUUCUUCUCUCACCAUUCUACGUCUAUUAGUAGUCGCCUUCGACUCUAUCCUCGUGUACUAUCCGCAUCUCAACAUCCCUGAUUGCUUUGUUCACGCUAACAAUAACGUCUACUUAGGUCGGCUUAGCCUUCAUGGCACCUCAUCUGCCAACCACGUUAUCUCCACUCCUACUCUACCCUAUCACACGGUUCCUGGCUCCGUGCGUUCUGCCAGGGCAUGCCCAACAUCCUGGCCAAUCAAUACCUGUCAUGUCUACCAGGCACUUCAGUUGGUGCAACAGAGUCAAGACCGACUACGAGGACGCGGCACAGCAUAGCGACUAGAAACUUGGACUCAGCCUGAUUGCACAAUCAUGUUAACCUCACCGUCUCUUUUCUCUUGUGGCUGAUUCUGACAGCCAUAUCAUGGACCGAUUCAAACGUCGCUUCAACAAUAAACAGAACAAUGGCGAGCACGACGGUCAAGGACCCCACCACAACCCUUCGCCCAACCCCAGGUCCAAACGACUCAGCAAGAUUCAUAUGCCUGGAGUCGUCCUAUCAUCAGCGGCAAGCUCAUCUUCUCAAAUAUCAUCAGCUGUGAGCACAAUUCCCGCAGUUUCAGCCAAAAACCAGCACAAAAUGAGACCAUUAAGUGACACCUCAGCCGUAUCCACUGUAUCUACAGGUGACCAAUCUUCGUAUCCAAUGCAUGCUUCGGGAGUCGAUCCGCGAAUUCAAGAAUCCAUGACUCUGCUUCGCCAGGCUCUUGCAAAAGGUACCUUGCCCCUCGAAGAAGAGAUUCGAGCUCGAGAGUCCAUGGCAGGCUUGUCACAGAUGAUCUUCGAAUCAAUACCUGACCCCAACCGUCUGAACGAUGCCUUGCAGAAUUACCAAGCAAUUAUUCGCCUGCUGCCAACGCCUUCUGCACGACGUGCCAAGUAUCUCGACAAUCUAGCUUAUGUCGAGAUGUCAAUCUACGGUGUCACAAAGUCUCUCAAAACCCUUGAUGAUUCUAUCGCACACUCCAAGCAGGCUAGAGAUGAAGCUCUACCGACCAAUGAUCCACUCUUACCCACCAUAUACCAUAACCUUGGCUUCAGCGUCUCACAUCGCGCUCUUACAACCAACAGCGAUGAGGAUAUGGAAGAGGCCAUCAAGGCCGGUCGAGAGGUUAUCCGCUUGGCUUCCCCGUCCAGUGACAAGUAUCAGAUAUCAAUGGUCAAUCUGGCCAGUCGCCUCCAAACAAGAUACAAACUUCACCAUCGACAGCAAGAUCUCGAGGAAGCAAUGAGACUUCUCGACAUGCAGCUUCAACACUUCCCUCCUCACUCCCAUCAACAUGGUGCCGCAUUGUUGGUCAAGUCUCGAAUCUUCUUCGACCGUCACGAUCAAUCCAAUGACAUCAAAGACAUCGACGAGGCUAUCUCAUAUGGCAGACUAGGAUUGGCCACCGUUCCACCCGGCCACGAACGUCAAGGAGAGAUUCUUCUCUUGCUAGGCACCCUUUACAAACGACGUUACAAGCAUACUGGUGCCACAUCAGACCUCGAGGAUGCUGUUGCCUUCUUCAGAAAACGGCUCAAAACUAUUCCAACAAACUUUCCAACCUGGCCAGGCGCAGUGGCCGAGUUCCUAGACACCUGUGCAGAUUACACUAUCGCCUUGUCUGAUCCAGAUCUCCUGCUGGCAAUCACUCAGUUCAGCCAGACCUAUCUAGACCAGAUCCCCAAAAAUCAUAGCGCUCGAUUUGCUUGCAAUCGCUCCUUGGCAGCAAUGUUGUCCCAAAAAUACAUCUUGUCCAAAGAUGUCUCUUCUUUGCUCGAUCUCCUUCAACACGUCUUGAAUAGCAGCCACGAACUCAACGAGCAAGCUGAUAUCACGCAACAAAGGAUUGAUACAGAAACGAUGAGUGACUUCAUCCAGGAUGUCAGGAAGAUAGCAGCAGCUCCACUGGACAAACCCGUCAGAUCUCAAGCACUCGACCAAUUACACCAGUUUCAGUCCUCUCAACAUCAGAAUAAACAAUUCAUGGUCAUCGCAACAGGCCGACACACCACCAUCAUCAAAGUCUUUGUAUCGAACCUUGGUUCCCCGCAACCACUCCAUCAUUCGCAGGUCGAGGCUGGCGUAACUGCUAUCGAACAACGUCACGAACGAGAAGUGGCCGAAUCAGCAAAGCGUGCAGAUCGUAUGAACAGCAUAACUCAGGACGAUCACAUAGAUCCUUCUUUUGGCCACAGAAACCUCGCUUUGAACCCCAACACCGGCAGAGUCAUCGUGGACAUGGAGACUUUGGUGAGAGAAAUGCUUGGAUGGAGUGUGGCCGAACCUGAUCCAACAUCUUGGGCCGAAUUCGAGGCCAGGGAAGCUCGACUCGAACGAGAGAGCUUCAACAAGGAACGACAGGGAGGCAGGCAUCCAAAUCCCAGUCUCUGCCGCAUGUGUCGAAUCAACAAACCCCUUGUGCCCCUUGACGGAGGGGGGUGGACUUGGAACCAAAAGAUGUGGAUCCCCUUUGGAACUCAUGGCCAACUUAUGACUCGCAAGCACUGCUCAAUCUGUCGCCUGAUUCUAUCUCUCAUCACUACGGACGGAGAUCAAUUGCAUCCCCGACUUGCCCAGAUUGAUCGAGAAAUCCAGGGCACGCAAUUCCACUUCCAACGUCUCCCAGAUGGCGAGCUCAUGCUUGGUGUCGAGUAUGGGAUGAUUUCUGUUGGAACACUUCGCAUGCUCAAUUCUCGCAAUGUCACCACAGCCAUAAGACAAAACGUGGAGCGUCUUCUUCCCUUGCUCCAGGAGACACCAGAGUUGUCCGCAUCUCAGGUCCAACAUUUUACCUCUGGCGACCAGAAAACAGACUUUCAACAGCUCCAUAGUUGGAUCUACGAAUGUCAUGCCAACCAUAGCGAACUCUGCAUCGGUAUCGAGAAAGGGUCCCGAUAUGAAGCACACAUCCCCCUAUAUUUGAUCGACGUGCAAAGAAACUGCAUCGUCGCUGCGAAUUCUGCACAACGAUAUCUCACUCUCAGCUACGUCUGGGGCUCAGUCGAGAUGGACAAGACUUUAAAGGUCAAUCUUGAACCUCGCAUGCAACCUGGAGGCUUGGAGGUGGUUUCCCUCCCUACCACAAUCAAAGAUGCCAUAACCUUGGUGAAAGCCAUUGGAGAGAAAUUUCUCUGGACAGACGCUUUAUGCAUUGUCCAAGACGAUGCUUCACAAAACACUCGUGAUAUUCCUCGAAUGGAUAUCAUUUACAAGCAAGGAUUCGCCAACAUUGUGGCUCUGGCUGGAUCAGAUGCUAAUGCUGGCUUGCCAGGCACUUCUCCUAACACCAGACCUCCGCAAAGCGUCGAGACUUUGUACAUCGAUCGUGGCUCCCAAGAUAUGGCUUUGGACGAGUGGAACAGCAGCAAGGCCAAAGACGCCAUCCACCUGGUAGCAAGCCCUAUCCCAUUAGCUUUCGCCCAAGAAGCUUCCAAAUGGAAUACCCGCGCAUGGAUACUGCAAGAACAGGUUCUUGCUCGACGGAAUAUCUAUUUCUCGCCCACUCACGUCUACUUCAAAUGCAACGAACAUGUUCAAUCAGAAGCAAUCUUAGAAGGAGAACCUAGCUCUAUGUGGGGAGGAGAUCAAGACCAAGACCAAGCCCAAAGGCACAAAGUUGUUGACAAGUUCGAAAUUCUCAACCCCUUGACCGAACUAAGACGCAUCAUUGACGUUCCAGACGAUGAACGCUUGAAACACAUUUUUAGCGCAUAUGCUGAGCUCGUCCAAACAUAUACAACACGCAAUCUCACCAAGGAAGACGAUAUACUAAAUGCGUUUUCAGGCAUGUUAUCAGCCUUCACCGAAGUUUUGGAUAGUAAGACCUUUUGUGGUCUACCGAUCGCCUUCCUCGAUCUUGCCCUACUAUGGACACCAGCACAAACAUUGACCGUAAGGUCUUCUUCUUCUCCUUCUUCCUCUAGUCCUAACCAGACAUCUCCAUCUCCAUCUCCAUCAUCCGCACCUCCCUACUCCUCACCACCACCAGUACCACCACCAUCAGCCCCCCUCCCGGACGAGGGUCGCGUCACUUCAGUAUCCGAAACAGGAUUCCCAACCUGGUCAUGGGCCGGCUGGAUCGGGCGCAUCGACUACCGCCUCCUUAACCUCGACAAAUCCCCACCCCCGGAUCCCUUAAUCCACGAAUUCUUCAUCAUCCAACAAAGCAAAGUCCUCCGCCUCCUGGGUUACCGACGCGGCAACACCGAUCCCUCCACCAAAGCCAGUCCCACCGACCUAUCCCUCCAUUUCACACCCGAGCAAAUCACCACCAGCACCACCCAACCCGGUACAAUCCUCCAUUUCAUCGCCCCCGCCAUCGUCAUGCAUCAUCUCACCGUCAACCGUACCCGAGAGCCGGAUUAUCUCAGUAGUAGAUCACACGUCCACACAGAAACUACACAAGCUGUGGUACGGAUUCAUGACAAGAAUGGAAUUCAUUGUGGGAUUCUAUUCGAACAUGUUGAUUUCCAUCACUUGAUACCGAGGGUGAUGGAUGAUGGGAAGAUGAAGACGAAGACGAUGCUGGAGGCGUUGCGGAAUUUAGGGGAUAAAUUGAUAGUCAGCGUGUCACAGGAGAAGGAUGUAUAUGCGGAGAGUGGGCGUGGUGGGUUGCACAGAGUGGAAGGUGAUAUUGCAUUGUUCGAUACGAAAGUGUAUGCGGCGCAAGGGCCGGGGUCGAGUUUGGUUAAUGUUUUGGUUCUUUCGCUUGCGAGAGAUGAUACUUUUGAGAGGUUGGCAGUGGGGCAGAUUCAUGUCAAGGCGUGGGAGGAGGAAGGGCCCAGGAGGACUUGGAUUAAGCUUGCUUGAGAAGAGUUAGGUCCUGGAAUCGAGAGACCAGGAGAGGAGAGGAGAGGAGAGGAGUGG